CAAUUGAACCUUCCCUCCUCCACCCUGCAUUCUCUUGAUUCUUCAGAUAUCACCCUAAAGGCUUCCCUUGUAAGGAAUUUCAAAACUUUCAACAUGGAAGAUCAAAAUACAGCAUCUUCAAAUCCACUAGUUAAAGCGACCUUUAAGCUAGGAUCCGAAACACAUUCUGUUGAUGCUAAAAAGGGAGUUCUCUCUGAGCAAUUAGUAUCAAUGAAGGAGCAGAGCAUGAUGGUACUGAAGGACUAUAUAACCAAACACAAUGUUCCUAACGAUGUUCCUGAUGAACCAGAGGAAGUCUCUUCAGAUGAUGAGGGUGAAAUUCCUCCUGUGAAAUCGAAGAAGCGCAAGUGACUUGUCUCAUUCUGUUCAUGCCUAGGUACAUUAUAGGCGCAUGCUUGAAAAUGGUUUUCAAUGAAAUUUUAACCAAGCCUGUAGGUUGACUCUGCUAGACUAUAUUAUUGUACAACCCCCAACCCUCCCUUUCUCUUCUUUCUUUUUUUUUUUUCCCGCUUCCCUGAAUGAGCUUCCACUCUUUUCUGGACAAUGAUAGGCUGCUUGGUAUCUUGAAUCGUGAUGCUAGAAACAAUCUCAUUCUGUAACAUCUGAUAUCUAAUGUGCAUCACCUUAAAAGACAAUUGGUUGGUGUAUAUAGCAAUUCCCUCUUAUUUUGGCUUC